AUGGCGGGAAUUCAAAAAGUCCGACUAAAUAAUUUGAAUAUAAAUAUUAAAAACGCUUUGAUUGUUGGUAUUAUCAUCGCAAAAUGUAGUCCACGUACGAUUGGUUCCAAAAAGAAAAACGGAGAUAUUCGUGGAAUAACAUCUUUUACCUUGAGAGAUUCAGAAGUCGACACAAUCAACGUUGAUGUUUGGGGAUCGCAAUAUUUCAUAUUAACUUUUUACGAAAGAUUUCUCGUCGGUGAUGUUGUGGAAAUCUCAUCCCCAAAAAUAUGCGUCAAAAAUGCUGAAAGUGAAAUAUACCGGCCACUGGUGUCGUCCCCCUUUUAUUUGUCUCUGAAUGAGGGGAUGUCCGAUGUGACUAUUCAUAGUGGCGACACAUUCAGCUUGUAUCUGCCUCUCCUGCACAUACCGACUAAGCCUUCUGCUGGCUAUUAUGGGCUAGCAGAAGUUCUGAAACUUCCAGAGGACAGUAAUAACGUGUAUGUCGAUCUUCUGGUAGUCGUAAAAUCUGUAAAACCGGUCAAAAGUAUUCGGACUAAAACAGGAACAGAAAUGUCAGUACGAGGAGUUGAAAUAAUGGACAAUACCACUCCUGCAACGGUUACAUUAGAUAUUUUCGAUAUCGACACAAUACAAAGAGCAGAAGAAUGGCGUCCUCUAGAGAGCGUGUUAUUCAUCGCUGAUGGACGCGUAUCGUGGCGCGGGCGCGGCGUGACCGUUCAAGUCAGCAGUCGCACCGUCAUCACGCACCAGCCGCAUACAGCUGACGCCGAGUCGCUCCGGCUUUACAUACGCAACCAGGCUAACACAAAAGGUGGCGAGGCAGCAGCAUGGGCUGCUUGGAGCGGAGAGCGCAGUAGUGCGGCGUCGGUGGCGCAGAUCCGCGACCGGCUGGCGGGCGGCGCGCCCUUCUGCGCGUCGCUUCAUGCCAUACUCACGCAUCUUGACUUGGACGACAUUGUUAACACUGAAGAGAACAACGACGAGUUGCGAAUUCGUUUUGCUGAUCACACAGGCGAGUUGAAUGCCCGUGUCUCCGUUAACAUUUUGGAACAGACCCUUGGAUACACUUCGGAAGCAAUGAAAGCCAUGUCGUCCGAAGAUCGCGCGGCGCUUCGCUGGAAGGUGCUCUUGGAACAGUGCAGCGCCAGACUCGCGGGAUCUCCACCCCGGCUCAUCGUACUGACGCUGCGGCGCGCCUCGCCUGCUGAUCCUAUACCUUUGUAUUGAUUUUAAGUGUAACCCUAUAGUAUUCAUUCAAUAAAAUUUAAGUAAGUGGUUGUACUCUCAUCUUGCGACCUUUUAGAAUAUAUUUCUUGGGUCUUGCCUGAUGCUAAUCCUAUACCUACCUUUGUAACUCUUUGUAAUAAUUUACUUAACCUAUUCAGAACUGUCUAUCUACUAUUAUAACCCAGUAUUUUCUGCAAACAUUUAAAUAAGUAG